AUGCACAGUCGCAACUGGGAUGUUAAAGUGGUUAGAUAUUUAUUCUCUCUUGUUGAUGCUGCAACAAUUCUGGGGAUUCCAAUAAACCAAUCGGCUGAGGGAGACUAUUGGUACUGGUUUGGUGAAAAAGACGGGUCUUACUCUGUCCGUAGUGCUUAUAAAAUGAUCCAAGACAACAAGUUUCCUCCUUCGAACUCAGAUGACAAUGUUUUUUGGAAGAAGAUGUGGUCUUUCAAGGUGCCUCCCAAGGUGAAGGAUUUGUUAUGGAGGGCGGCCUCUAAUUGUCUAGCAACAAAGGUAAAUCUCUGCAUUAAAAAGGUGUUGACUGAUAAUGUUUGCCCCAUGUGUGGAAUCUAUGUCGAAACAGAAUUCCAUCUCCUUGUGACUUGCCAAUUUGCAGGGUCGUGUUGGGAAGAAGCUGCUGUUGCAGAAGCUAGCCGCAACAACACUUCUCUGCUGCAAUGGCUGACUUUUAAAGCUAAGCCGAAUUGUCAUGCUGUGUUGGGCCUUAUGCUCAAGGUAAAGGAAACAUUCCUUUACUGUCACCCCUCAAAGAUGGUGAUGGUUCGGAGCUUUGGAAAAAAACCGAGAACAGGCAUCAAGCUUAACGUAGAUGCGGCUAUAUUUGAUCGUGAGUCUAAACACGGGUUUGGUUGUGUGGUGAGGAACUCUGGUGGAGAGCUGGUCUCGGCUUUUGCUGGUGUGAAAUUUGGUAAAGUCUCCCCUGAGCUGGCUGAAAUCAUUGGUAUAAGAGAGGUUCUUAGCUAG